AUGUUAUCAAUUCAAUAGAGUUAAGCAGAGCAUUAGAGUUUACAGAAACUGCAGUAAUAUUUAUAAGGGUUGAAUAAAUCAAUAGUUAAGUAGGGCACUUUAGCGAAUUUGUAAACAGUGGCGAAUAAUUUGGAUGCUGCAGCUAAUGAAAUAGGGUUUCAAUUGUAAUCAAGAGAUUUGAAUGAAUUUAGUCAUAUCGUGAAUAAGUUAUCAUCAGUAUGGAAAGAAUUAUACAAGGCUGUUUAUAAUAGUAAAAUGGUUAAUGAGUUUGACAAUGAGCCAAGUGACUAUCAAUAAAAGGCAGAGUUAAUAUCGUAGACCAAAAAAUAAAUGAAGGAUGGCAUUGGAGAAAUAGGGUAAUUUGGAGGUGUGCGAGUAUCAAGUUACCAGACUCCUUAGAAUAAAAACAUGAUGAGAUAGAUGAGUAGUUAACAGACAGGAUUGCCUUCUAUUUCUGGAUAACCUUAAACUGAAUACAAGCAUAAAAUGAACUAUGAGAUUGAUGAUAAUUAAAGAGACAUUUUAUAGGAAGUCUUAAAAUAGAGCAAUAAACUGAAUAUGCAAAUAGUAAUGAAACGUUACGAUCCAAAAAUAACAAUAAUGUUAAGUGAAGGGACAGAUACUAAUUUGGAUAUUCAAGAAGCAAUAAGAGGAUUCAAUAAGGAUUACCUAGAGAUUAAAUUAUCAGAAAUAAUCAAGGACAACUAAAAGAACAUAGAGGAGAUACAGAAAGUGAUGCAAGAGAAACACGAGUUUACUCAAAUGGGUGAAUCAUCAGCAACUGAAAAAUUAAAAUAGAUCUAUAAGACUAUUUACACUAAGUCAACAGAAAUGGAUUAAUUGAUGGUUGAGGCUUCUAAGUAGGAACCUUAAGGGGCAAGGGAUGUGUUGGAGGAAUUCAUUCAUCAUGUUACCCAUAAUUAUAAGGACAUAUAAUCGGAAACGUUUAAGAUUGUUGCUAAAUUGUUUUAAUAAGUGUAACAGAAAUAAAAAUAGGAUGAAUUAUUGAAAAGCAGAACAUUAUAAGUUUAGUAGCCUCAACAUAAAAAAGAUAAAUUAAGUUCAUCUAAGAGAGGUAAUUAAAGUUCGGCGGAUGAAUCUCAGGUAAGUGAAAAAAUUAGAUAGGAAUUGAUUGAAAAGAAAAUGGAAGUGGACAAGAAGAUUUAAGAAAUAUUUGAAUUAUAGAAUAAGGUUAGACAAACAGAAAAUUAGUACAUUUAAACAGCCUUAGAACUAGAGUCAAUGAAGUUAAAUGUUAGUAAGUCAGAAUAGGAUAAAGCACAAUUAAAUUAUGAAUUUAAGAAAUUAGAAAAGCAAUUAUCUUCUUUGAAUUCCAAGAGCUUUCAAGAUUAAACUACACAAUGUUCUGAUAUUGGAUAGCAAAAUUUAAUUUCAAAAUUAUAAAAAGAUAAUCAGCAAUUCUAAUAAAAAGUGUAUCAACUCAAAGGUGAAUUAAAUAAAAUAACUCCAAAUUCAGGGAGAGAAUUAAAAUACUAAAAUACAGAGUUUCAAGAUAAAAGUGAUGAUUAAAACAUUCAAAACUCACAAAAUGGUUCACCUAGACUAACCAGUAGAUAUAAAUCUGUCUAUGAAUUUGACAAUUAAUUUAAUGAAGAUGGCUAUUCUAUUGAUUAGAGAUUGGAUUCUUCAUAAUAGAUGUAUAAAACUAGUGAAAUUUCAAAUAGAGAAAGAUUGGAUGACAUGGGAUUCGAGAGAUCUCCAACUCAUUCAAAUACUGUCAAAGCAAAUUAAAAAGUUAAAUCUAAAAAUCAAACCUUAUUGGAAACUAGACAAACAGAUAGUCCCAAGUCUAAUUCAGAAAGGUCAGUUAAAUUAUCACUACAAUUGAGUUAAACGAAUUUCAAUCCAAAGAAAAAAAAAUAGAAAUCCAUUCUUAAAAUAGAAGAAGAGGAUUCUACCCUAAAUUAAUCUGCUGAAUUGAAAAAAUAAAAAAUUAAAAAGCAGGCCUUCUCUAAUAAAGUCACAAGAAGAUAAACUACUUUAGAAGUUGCAUCCAAAGAUUUUUUUAAGAAUUAAAAUUCAAUUAAGGAUUAAGAUGAUACAUAAGCAGGCACUAAUCUUGAAACACAAAGGACAUCAUCUGGACAACCCAUGAAUUAGUCUAAGAGAAUUAAAUCAGUGGAUAAAAAAAUGAAUGCCACUGGAAGGAGAAUUCAAACUGAAGGUUAGGAAUAUUAUUAAGAGAGUGAAGAUAGUCAAUCAGAGAAUGGCAAUGCUAAAGUGAAGUUUUCAAGAAGCACCACUUAAAAAGAACAUAUAAAAAAAGGAUAAUAGAAAUCUUAAAGUAGACAUAUGGCUCUAAAAAAGACUGUAGAUGCUUAGGUAAUUGAAACUGUUGAGGAGAUUCCUUCAAAUCGAACAUCUUAAUAAAGCUUAGAUAAAUUUACCUUAAAAUAAUCGAACAGCAUUGAAGAUGCAGAUGAAUAAUUUAAGCACAAAAAGGAAUAACUAAAAUUUAAUGGUAGUUCUGCUAUCAAAAGGUCAAGUACAUCCGUACCGUAAUAACUCUAAAUGAUUAUCAAAUUGAAUGAUGAAGAUUAACAAUAAUUCACUACUUAUUGGCAUUAAAGACACAUUGAUUAGGAGACCUAAACUGAAAACUACCUAUUAAUGUAAUUACUAUAAACCACAAUUACUCAAUUAGAUCUUCCUUUGAACAUCAAAUAAACAAUAGCUCAAUAGUUACCUAAAAAAUUGGAAACAGCAGUUGCAAUAGCUUUGAAUCAAAGUUAAGUUAUAUAUUAGACUGCAAAUGAAGGUUCAGAGUAUUUUAGGUAGUUCGAGGUCGCUUCCCCAAGGAGUUCUCGACUAUCAUAAGAAUCUUUUAGAUAACAACAACUUAGAAAUUAAAGAUCACUUGAUUCUUAAGGAAAAUAAAAGAUAAAUGGCCCAUAAGAAUUUAAUUAAUUUGAACCUCCUUAGACAAAAACAAGUUUAGAUAGUAAAGUUGGUUAAUUAACUCAAAGGAAUUCUCUAGAUAUACAUGAUCAGGGAAACUCAGAAAAAAGUUCAAUUUUAAUGAAAUCCAAGGGAGAACUAGAAAAAUAGCUGUUAUUAUAGUAAGAAUAGGCGUUAAAGAUGGAGGGAUUAAUCAAACCUGAAGAAGAAGAUUUAGGAUAUGAAGAAUUAGCAAAAUAAAUAAUGGCCAAUGAGAAUGGAGGUUAAUCUUUAGAAUAAUUCAAAUAAAAUGAUCUCUAAUCAGACAAUUUUAUGAAAAAACUCCACAAUAGCAUGAAUAAUUAAAAAACUAAAGGAGCUGCUGCAGUUUAAGAUAUGUUAAAACGAUUCUACAAAAAGAAUCCGAAAGAUUAAAUCACUUUCCAGGAGUUUAAAGGGUUCUACCAAAAGGUGUUUGCUGCUCAUAAACAAUGUGGUUUUAAUAUUGUAUGUAGUCACUUAUAAAGAUUUAUAAUGAAGUUAGGGUUUACUUGUUCCUUGUUUUCCAAACGAAAGUUAUUGAAAACCUCCCUUUCAAUAUUGAAGCCUUUUAAUCCAUUGUAUGAAACAAAACAAAAAUUUGCGAAUCAAUCAAAUACUAAUUAGAAUUCUAGCAGAUUCUAAACUAAUUAACAUUUUUCUAUUGAUUAAUGA